ACAGGAUAUCUGGGUAGAAAGGACAACAAGAAAUCUCAGAGAUAGAAGCCUUGGGAGUCACACAUUAUGUUUCACCUGUUGAAAGCUGAUUUGAUUAGAAAAUUUCAAUGGAAAUAUUUUGAGUACCUCUACUGCCCGGUCAUGUCUCUUCAUAUGGAGGUGGGGGUAUCAUCUUGCAAGAUUCUGCUGUUUCAGUAGUGACUCAAAAGGAAAGAAAUCGUCACUCUAAUGCUUUUCCUAAGGAAGGAACAUAAAUGCUCAAGAUGGGAAGUAACAGCACAAACGCUACGAGAGUAAAGUGCCCUGAUCAUCAAAUGUCAUUCCAGAACUCCCUCUAUGCAACCACCUACGGCCUCAUAUUCAUUCCUGGUCUUCUGGCUAACAGUGCAGCCUUGUGGGUUCUAUGUCGCUUCAUCAGCAAGAAAAAUAAAGCCAUCAUCUUCAUGAUCAACCUCUCUGUGGCUGACCUUGCUCACGUCCUGUCCUUACCUCUCCGGAUUUACUAUUAUAUCCACCGGGACUGGCCAUUCCAGAAGGCCCUUUGCCUGCUGUGUUUCUACCUGAAAUAUCUCAACAUGUACGCCAGCAUUUUUUUCUUGACAUGCAUCAGUCUUCAGAGGUGUCUCUUUCUCCUCAAGCCAUUCAGGGCAAGGAAUUGGAAGCGUCGGUAUGACGUGGGUAUCAGUGCUGCCAUCUGGGUCAUCGUGGGGACUGCCUGUUUACCACUUCCCAUCUUGAGAAGUGCUGGAUUAGCCAACAGCAAAUUUUGCUUUGCUGAUUUAGGGCUUCAAAACAUUAGCAUGGCUUCCUCUGUUGGCAUGGUAACUGCUGCUGAACUUGGAGGGUUUGUAUUGCCUGUUGUAAUUAUUACAUAUUGCACGUGGAAAACAAGAAAAUCAUUACAGGAAUCCGAAGCCCCACCACAGAAUACCAAAGAGAGGAAAAAGGCUUUAAGGAUGGUCCUGAUGUGUGCAGUGGUGUUCAUUGUGUGUUUUACUCCCUACCAUCUCAAUUUCCCAUUCUUUAUGAUGGUGAAGCAACAAGUCUUCUCGAACUGUUCCUUUAUUAAAAGCACUCUAUGUUUCCAUAUCAUUUCUUUGUGUCUUGCAAAUCUGAAUUGUUGUCUUGAUCCAGUUGUAUAUUAUUUUAUGACUUCAGAAUUUCGUAAUAAAUUUUCAGAACACGGAGGUUUGGUUAUUCAGUCAUGCAUUCGAUGCAAAGACAGUACUUUUGAAAUUCAUCAGAGGAAGGAGAGGCUUCAGACUAUCUCUCUUGAAUGUUUAGAUAUUCCAAGACAAUGUGAUCAAAUAAUUACCCAGAAUACCUAUGUGCCCUUAUCAAUUGAGCUAUGCUACUUCAAAAUGAUUUUGAGUGUCAUAAAGGAACAUGACCCACUUCACUAUGUCCUCAAAAGUAAUCCAUCGGAAGGAGUUAUCUGUUUCAAUAUUAUAUUCCUAAAUAGGAAUAUAUAUUUCUGUGAACCAUUUGUGAAACAAAGAAUUUGUUUAGCCAAAGUCAUAAUCCACAGCAAGAAUUGCACACUUAUUCCUCAGAAAUGGGUCCAAUCUUUUUAUCUUCACAUGAAAAAAGCAAAAUGUAAACUGAAUACUAGUGGAUAUGCACGAAUUAUCUGCACAUUAAAAGUGUGCAUAAGAAAAAUAGGACCUUAACUUUAUUAAGAAAAUAGACACUACUUGACCCAAUUGUGUUACAGAAGGUGGCUCUUAAUAUUAAUAUGAAUUAUGGAAAUUCAUAUCCUUACAACUUAAAAUAUCCAUGAAAUUUUCUUAAAUAGGAGAAAGAAACAAUGCAGAUGAGCAUCAAAUAUUUCAAAAUUACCACCCACAGUGCAAACUCCUUAAGUAGAAUUAUGUUCUAUUGACAAAAUUGAGUUUCAGGGCUUAAAAUGAAAACCCUUUGCCUGAAUGUCUAUAAGUAUCUGAUAUGAUACAUAUUUUAGUUUACUGACACUAAUGGAGAAAAUAUUCUCAUAUAUUUGUUGUACAAAUCAAUUGUACCAUUCCCUGGGUAGGAUGAUUGCUUCAUAUACAACUUCAGGCACAUCUUCACUUGAUACUGUUAAACCAAUAUAUUAAUGAACAAUCAUAUAUAUGUAUGUAUUUUUCAUGUAGCUAACAGCUAAGGUGUAGUAGGACCUAAUUUUUCAUAAGCAAAGAUGCAUUGAUGAAUCCUAUCAUAAAUGAAGAACAAAUACUGCCAUUUAAUAAAUCUCUGUGGUAGAAUCAUUCGUAAUAUACGUCAUUCCCAAUGUAAAGUUUGAAGCUUACCAUUUUCAAAUAUUGGGUUCAUUAAAAUGGAAUUUUAUAUAGCAGUGGUUUGCUUUAGAAAAUUUCUAUUGGUGUUUUGUCCCUACUUUUUUGGAUUAUCCUUAUUUUUAUUGCAGUUUUUGGUUAGCAUAUGAAGAAAUGGGUUUUAUUGUGAGAUUCUUCAUAUACAUUCAUCAUUAUACUUUUUUCUUAUACACUCUCUCCACUGCCCUCCCCCAUAUGCCACUCUCAUGCCUGCUAUUCCCUUUUCUUCCUAUUAAUAGUUCUCCCUUCUGUAUUCACCAUACAAAUAUUCUGUCCCUUCCUCUUGGAUUUCAUUACCUCCCUUAUUGUACCUUGCAUGCCUCCUUUUAUAUCUCUCUUGCCUCCCUCUAUUUUCUUGUCAUAUAUAUAUGUAUAUAUGUAUAUUCUGAAUUCUAUACAUGAAAGAAUAUGUGACAUUUGUCUCUCCAAGUCUUGUUUAUUUUGCUUACAUAUUGAUGUUGAGUUCCAAUCAUU